AUGAAAAUGCAAAUGGUUUCACCCACAUCAAGAAGAACAUGGACAUCCUCGACUGCACGUUUCCGCUUUCUUCAUCGGAGACCUGUUCGUACCAUUUUCGUUGUCUCGUGUUCAAUACCUGUUUCGCUGCAAGCUGGUGCAAAACGCUACAACGUGGCUGCAGACAAUGUCAAGGACGAUAUCAUCUCCGCAGGGAGUAGCUCAUCAAGUUCAAGUACAAGUUCCUCUUUGUGGCUUUCAUCUACAGACGAAAGGUAUCAAUGGCUUUCCUCGGAGAGGACGACAUAUGCCUCAUCCAAUAUAGGCUCAUCUUCCUCCUGUGGACGACUUUAUGCACCACAGACUGAAGAUGCGAAAGCGGACGCCGACUCUUCCGAACAAUCAUCACAACACUACUGCAAGGACUCCUUUCAAUGUCGUUUGCCGUGUCACGAGCUGGAGUCUGGACAGAAAGAUAGAUGUGCUCCUGCUGAAGUUUGCCACGUCCAAACUGGUGCUGCUGGUGGUUAUGAUAUGUUGUGUACGGACUUUGAGUAGUAAAAGUAAGUCUAAAAGAACUAUUUUUCAACACCCAACUACAAUUGAACGCUUCAUAAAAAGCAUAGCUACUGGCUCUGUCAAUGUUGAUAGAGAGCAAUGAAUGUCUUCGUUAUCAAUCAAGCUGUACCAGCAACACGUGGACUCCUGAUUGAUAUGAUAUGUCAAGAAGUUGCAACUACAAGUUUCUACUCUGCUUGUUGUUAUCCUCUACUAUGCACCACUUCAUCACCAGCGAAGCUUUGAUUCACCACGCAGCAGCAGCUCUUCGAGUAGAGGUGCGAGUAAGAUUAAGGCUAAUAGCAAGAACCGGCACUGCGUUGCCCGACUUUGCGAGGAGGUCAGGUGGAGUUCGUCAACAGAAAAAGUGCCUGAACUAAGACGACGAAUACGGAUUUGCAAUAGUGCAGGCGAUGAGGGCUCAACGCGCCACCGUAAAGCUAACACAAACAAGCAAUGCUCCUACAACAUCCACAGUGCCAAGUGCGUGAGCGGACAAAAACUGUCUGCUUUGCAGGAGGUGUUUGGUGGCGAUCAAAUAUAUUCUGGAGAUUCAUCUAGUUCCAUGAUGCAGACUGAACAUCAAGGAGCUGGUAAAGCAGGUCGCAGUGAAAAGGCUGGCCCUGCUGCUGCUGCUGCUGCUGACCAACAAACCGAAGACACUGACCUGAACACUUUAAAAGCGCAAGGAUCGAAAUUGUUUCGCGAAGAUCAGCAAGCAAACAACUCCCAAGAACUUCCAGAAGACGAUGAUGCAUCUUCUGGACAACAGGAGCAGACGAAUGGCGCAGCAGUAGUUUCUCCUGGUGCUCUGAAAAAAUAUCUUCGUAUAGCUGAGCGGCGGUUCAAGAACGCUCGCGUGGAGUUCGAUGAAGCAGAGAAGCGGCUGUUUCAAAAAACGUUGCGGGGUAUGGCAGAUUGGGGGGUUGCUUGUUGUACUUAUAAUUCAUUGCUGGGGUGCUGGGGUUCUUGUAGCAGCCCUAUUAAUAGGAUUCACAUCGCCUUCAUCUCGUCUAAUACACUCCGACGUCUCCUGCAAGAUGCUGCCGAAGAAAUUGGCUUGCUAAAAAUCGAGCUUCCGCGUGUUCACGCUGAUGUAGGCCAUUUCCUGCGAAGACAAAUGGCUUUGUCUGACAUUAUGUCCAAGCAAUGUGAUCGUGAAUCUCUGCGCGUCAUAACAUAAAAUGAAAAAAUCUCCGAGUUGUACAUUCAUAAGUAGUACGUACAUUCAUAAGUAGAGGUACACCGUUCUUGUAGGCUUUUUCAUAGUUGUACAUACUUAUAUAUGUUCCAGGGCUCAGGGCGGGGGCCCCCCCCCCGAUCUAACUUUUUGAAGGGGGGGGGGCCUUCCCGCCCCGGCCCCUCUUUUCGAGGGGCUGCCGGGGGGGAAGGCCUCAAAGCGCCCACUUCUGACCCCUUUCCGCUUCUUGCAUGUACGCUACAGACCUGGCAAAGGUGGCAAAGGCUGGGCCCUCUUGUCGUGUUGCGUGUGCCCAACCCUACGCCAAGGGGGUGGGUUCCCGCCUUUGCCCUCUUUGCCAGGUCUGUAGGGUACAUGCAACAAGGCAGCGGGGCCCGGCCUUUGCCACCUUUGCCAGGUCUGUAGGGUACACGCAACAAGGCAGCGGGGCCCUGCCUUUGCCCCCUUUGCCGGGUCGGUGGACACAUGCAACAAGGCAGCGGGGCCCGGCCUUUGCCACCUUUGCCAGGUCUGUCGGGUACAUGCAACAAGCCAGCGGGGCCCUGCCUUUGCCAGGUCUGUAGGGUACAUGCAAGAAGCGGGAAGGGGUCAGAAGUGGGCGCUUUGAGGCCUUCCCGCCCGGCAGCCCCUCGACAGGCCUGGCCAAUAAGGUGGCAAGGCUGGACUCCUCUGGCGUGGUCCACCCCAGAUCCAUCCACAGGGGGGGGGGAGGGGGCCUCCCUCCCUGGUACAUAUAUACAUAUUAUUAAAUGCAUAGAGGAGUAUAGACUUGUUCUUCAUAGUUGUACAACGUUCUUGUAGACAUAUUCUAACACCACUGGGCACGUAGCCGGAAACGCAGCUCUUACCUUACGACCGGAUGAGCAGAGAGACUGGGAUAACCUAAAAGUUGGUUGGAAUGUGGAGCAAGACGUGCCUCCAAGUACCUAUCCAGAUACGACCCCUCCAGAAUGGGGAACAAGUACGGGCUUAUCAUCUCAUGAACGAGCUGCGUCCUCUGCUGCGGCAACUACUGCAUCGGAACUACAUGAUGUUGAAGAUGCAAAGUCUUCACAACAUCUUCCAGAGCAAGAGGACGGCACCGAAAUGAACAAACAAGCAAUCAAAUCGUGGUAUGAAAAUGACGGGGAAACUCCAGGGAAGGCGAAGGACCGUCCUGCAGGAGAUGAAGACAGAGAAAUAAAUAUCAAAGGUGAAGAAGAUGCUGGAAAAGUAGACAACGUCAACCAAGAAGAUCCUAACGCACCUGCCUGGUAUGAAAAGAGAAACGAGGAUGGGACAUUCCCGAAGCCGAGGAUUGACCCACCUCCAUCCUUAAUAGAAGCGGAUAGUAGAGGGACACCAACACCACUGGACUCAAAUCUCAUGGAAUUGGAACAGGUACUUGAAGGAGAAGAAAUGUAGCAUUUGGACAUAUAACAGUAACUCUUUUUUGACGCGUAACAAGAAUGG